AUGGAGAUCCCUAAGGACCAUAUCAGUGCCGUGCUCAAUGUCCUGGAUGCAACGCGAGAGAUCCAGAAAAACAACCGGCAAGCGAGACUGGCCGCCGCGUAUGCUGCCGAAAAUCAAGCAGAUCAAUCGGCUCGAUGCGCGACUUGCCGAGGCGACCACCCCACCAGGAAAUGUACCACGGCCUCGAUAAAACAAACCGCGAAAGCCAUUAUCAAAGCAGCUCUCUGUACGUUCUGCGGAUUCGCUACGCAUAAGGUCGGUGGCUGUCCUUUCCGGACAGACCGCCGACUCCACUGUCGACGGGCAACGUGCGGUGGACGUCUCCACCAUCGAAAUUUGCCACACCAUGGCCCGCGUAAGCCGGAACCCCUAAACGCCCCUGAUCCCAGCACCUCCUUUGACCUUGAUGACCUCGCGGACCUC